AUGAAAUUAAAGCUCCUUGCCAUCGGUCUCUUCGGAGCUGUGAUAGCGCAUGCAAUCCCUGAUCCAGCCAAAGCCCAGGUUACGGCAGCCCCGCAUCUGGAGCAGCGGGCAACAAGCUGCACCUUCUCUGGGUCGAAUGGUGCCUCAUCAGCGAGCAAGUCAAAGACUGCUUGUGCCACAAUUGUACUUUCGGCAGUUGCAGUUCCAUCUGGGACCACACUGGACUUGACUGGGCUAAAUGACGGGACCACUGUAAUAUUCGAAGGCGAAACGACGUUUGGGUAUAAGGAAUGGGCAGGACCCUUGAUAUCCGUCUCCGGCACCAAAAUCACCGUCAAAGGUGCUUCCGGUGCAACACUCAAUGGCGAUGGUAGCCGUUGGUGGGAUGGCGAGGGCUCAAAUGGCGGCAAAACCAAGCCCAAGUUUUUCUAUGCCCACAAGAUGUCGUCUUCCGCCAUCAGCGAUAUUCACAUCGUCAACUCACCGGUGCAAACCUCACACUCAGCGAUAUCACCAUCGACAACAGCGACGGCGAUACGCAGGGGGGGUCACAACACAGAUGCAUUCGACGUGGGAUCGAGCACCGGAAUUACAAUUACCGGUGCGACUGUCUACAACCAAGAUGACUGCUUGGCAAUCAACUCAGGAACGGACAUCACGUUUACCGGCGGUCUUUGCUCGGGUGGACAUGGCUUAUCCAUUGGCUCUGUGGGUGGACGCAGUGACAACGAUGUCGCCAAUGUUGUGAUCGAGAGUUCGGAGGUCAGAGAUUCUCAAAAUGGUGUACGGAUAAAGACAGUCUACGACGCAACUGGAUCUGUUAAGAACAUCACCUACAAGGACAUAACGCUUUCGGGCAUAACAAAAUACGGAGUUGUCAUCGAACAGGACUAUGAGAACGGCAGUCCCACUGGCACCCCAACUGAUGGUGUACCAAUUACCGACCUUACUCUGGAUGGUGUCGGGGGCUCCGUAGAAAGCGGUGCGACAAACGUCUACAUUCUUUGUGCUACAGGAGCAUGCUAUGAUUGGACCUGGAAAAGCGUCAGUGUGACCGGCGGAAAGACGAGCAGCGCCUGUAAGAACCUUCCCAGUGGCGCCAGUUGCUGA